AUGCCACAUACCAUUUUGUUGAUUCAACCAACAACUCAAUCAAAUUCAAGAACUUGGUCAGAUUAUGAAACACAAGCUGCAAGUUUGGAUGGUCAGUUUUUUUCAAUUCAAAGACUUCAAACCGAAACUAUGUCUUUCCAGCGAUUUGCAAAAUUUUCGAAACUUUUGCUAGAAAUAAACUGCCAGAGAAUGCUGAAUUCACUUUUGAUAUCAAUCAAGUUUUUGAAUUUCUUGACAAACUCACCGAUAUUUCGAUGAUGAUUUUCAAUGCUGUAAGUGCCAACAACCACGGCCUAUUUUUUGAAAUCCUUAUUAUUUUCAGGAAACUGCCCAAUAUGUUCCACGCAAUCGUUCUUGGAUCAAACAACAAUUGUUCGAAAUGUUCAAAAGUAAAUGUCGUCACCCAGAAGCUGGAGAAAAAUUGAUUGCGGGAUAUUAA